GUUGAACACUCUUACAGAUGUUUGGAGAGUAACAGAAGAAACAAGAUACAAAGCAACAACAGAGCUCUACAGAUCUAAGACUACCAUCACACAGUGCCUCAUAUUAAUCCACAUUAACUUGUUGGCUCUUCUGGCAUUGUUUGAAGUACCUGAAGCGAGACCUGAUCCCCUCUUGUGGCAGGCGUCUGUAUUGCACCCGGCAGAGGAUGCAGCUGGUUGUCAUGGCAGCAGUGCUGGCACUGGUGGGGGCGGGGCAGGGAUGCAGCUUGGGCUGUCAUCUCACCAACAUCAGCAUCCCCGUGGAGAGCUGUGGCAGCACCGAGACCAUCUACACCACCAUAUGUGAAGGACAGUGCUACCACGAGGAUCCAGUCUACAUCGGCUAUCACGACUGGGCUGAACAGAAGAUCUGUAAUGGAGACUGGGCCUAUGAGGUGAAAUAUAUUGAAGGAUGUCCAGUGGGUGUCACCUACCCUGUGGCCAGAAACUGCGAGUGUACUGCAUGUAACGCAGGAAACACAUAUUGCGGGCGCUUUCCUGGAUACAUAUCCAGCUGCCUGUCCUUUUAAAGAAACCUAUUAUCUAUCCCACAUUUACUUCUUUUCUUUGUGUCCCUUGCCUUGGUACUAAAAUAAACAGGUAUCACUUAA